AAAUAAGAUAUAAUUUCGUGUAUAAAAGACAGCAGCAAGAAUUUCGAAGCAUCAGUUUGAGAGAUCACAAGCUGAAGUACCACCAACUACUUUAAAGAUGAAAUUCGCAUUGGUUCUGUUGGCCUUCGUGGCUGCAGCCUCCGCCAAAAUCGAAAUCCCCAAUUUCGGCAGAGGUGAGCUCCACAAGGACAUCCAAGAGUUCUUGGAUAUGAUGCCUGUCGAUCAGAUAAUGUCAAUCACUCUUCAAUACUACGCUCAAGAUGCAGAAUUCCAAAAAAUGGUCGAAUACUUCCAAUCCGAAGGAUUUAAGCAGCUGGUCAAAGACGUAGAAGCUCUGCCUGAGAUUAAAACUUUAAUGGAUUACAUCCACGAAGCCGGCAUUGACAUUUACAAGAUCGUGAACAUACUCAAUAACGCUCUCGGACUCCCCCCUCUCACCCCCCCGCCCUCCUUUUUCAUGGGCACACAGAUCACCGGUGGAAUUAGGGGAUUCGUUGAUGACAUCCUGGCUAUUGUGCCUAAGCAGCAGCUUCAGGAUUUGUACGAAAAGAAGUUGGAGACCUCUGAGGCGUUCCGUAAUUUUGUCAAACAAUUGGAAUCCGAAAACUUCCAGCAGAUCGUCAACAAGGUUUACAAUCACCCCAAAUGUCAGGAGCUCUUGAACCACGCUAGAAAUGCCGGCAUCGAUCUCCUAGUCAUCAAGGACUUGCUGGAGAUUCUCUGGGGCAUUAGAAUUCCCACUUACUAAUUGAUUAGAUGAACGUCAACGCUACAAUGAAAAAGUGAAAUUUCCUUCCUGUUAUCAUAUACGCCAAUAGUAGUUUUCAAAAUCACAUGUUAUACCAUAAAUGUUAUGGUUAACAUCUAUCCGUUUACGUACUUCACUUGUGUACAGAAAUAAAUGAGAAGCUCGUAUGUA